CACCAAAAAGUCAGCAGGAAGCAAUGGCCUAAGCUGACAGCUGUGACAACACUGCUGCAAGAACCGCUGCUGAAGAGGCUCAAGAUCUUGUUUUUGGGGCUAGAUCUUUGAGACCGCCCAGCUUAAUUAGGCGCCAUCCGCCCCUGAAGGGAGCGAGAUGUUGGGCGGAGGGGAGCUGGUAAAGCAGGUGAGCAUCUUCGGCUUUGGCUAUAACCGCACGAACUAUCAGCUCGACCAAGGGCAACGAUGGGCACGCUACACCGCAGGCCGGGCGAAUGAACUUAAAAGGUUCGCCAUGUUCAGAGAGGAUGUGUCCGAUCUUGCCUCUGUGUCAGUGAGCAAGUUGAAGGUGUACGUGCCAGUCCUUACGAUGAGCUUGGGAUAUGUGCUGACCGUCUUGGUGGAAGCACGUUCUGGGUUGAAGUUCCCUGGGCCACCGACCUUCGCUUCUGGUCUGUAUCUGAAUUGCUUGGGAGUUGCCUUCGCCUGGAUGACACUCUCCAUUUGGCUCUGCUGGCAUGCGGCCAUGCGGGCUCAGGUGGCCAUGGUGCAGCUGAGGACGCGCCAUGUUCGCCUGCCCGUCCCCACGCAGAGGCAGCUGGACAGCGCACGAAAAAUCCUCUCGAGCUACGAGGAGCAGGGCGUCUAUGACAUCUUCCGCCUGCCCUUCGUGAUGCCGCAAGGUGGUGAUGCUCCAGUCGAGAAGGAUGAAGAAUCCAAAGAGGAGCUGAAGGGCAGCUACAAGAAAGGCGGCUUACCAGGUAUGGCUGCCAAGAUGAAGGGAAAAGUGAAAGAUCUUCAUACUGAGACGGGCGGAGACAUCAAGGAAAUCGGUCAUGCUGCACGAAUGCCUGGCUUCACCACCGGUGCCCCUUCAUGGGUGGAGAAGGAGAUUGAGGCGCGUGAUGACUUGCCGAAAGCCUCUCCAAGCGCUUUUGGGAACGAAGCGCCUCCUGAGCCCUAUGAGCACUUCGAGAUGAUCCGCCAAGCUCAGAAGGACUACUGGUGCGCAGAAGCAUAUGCUCGUGUGACCUUCUUGAUUGGAAAGAUGCACUUGAUCCAAUCAUUCGCCUAUUGGCUUCCCAUCCAUUGUAUCGCGGAGCUGGGCUUGGUGUGGAGUGCAACAGUCUGCUGCUCUUGCUUGGUUGCAGCCAUUUGGAUCAUGUUCCGCAUGGAUGUGCUCCCUUCACAUGGUGGUUGUUUCCCGAUUGAAUUCGGAGGGCCUUUCAUCGAAACCAUCUCCUUGGCUUUGGCAUAUACGCACCAUCCAACCUCACAGGUCCUCGAUAUCUCCCGGGCGGUGGCCAUUGUGGUGCUCCUGAUGCAGAUUGGCCAGACCAUCCGUUUCUAUGUGGUGUCUCAGCCUGGGAAUGGUGAGCCUGAGAUCAAACAGGCUCGUGAAGCAGACAACCGGCUUUUCAACCAAGCUGCUUCUUGCGAGAGCCCUAUCUGGUUGCCUGCCGCCUUCCAGACAGUCUCUUACUUGGUGGCACCUCCAAAGGUCGAGAAACAACUGGAGAAGGAACGAAAGUCACGUGAUCACGACCACGUGCAAGAGGAUCCCAUGGUGAAUGUGGACAUGACUCCAUGGUAUUACGUUCGGACCUUGCUGAUUAUCACAGCACUGAGUUGGUUUGUGUUGCUGACUGGCCGCGUGGUUGAAUGUGUCAUGGGCGAGAGGAUGUUGGUGCAAAACCCUGGGGCUCCUCCCUGGAGCCGCGCUGGCCGAUGGUAUGGAUGGGAAAGUGGCCCCAUUACAUCCAAGCACUACGCUCACGUCACACCAAUGAGAGGACACUUCGCUUGGCAGAAGGGCUGGGGGCCGCAAGGGCAACAAGAGAUCUGGGCCAGCGAUAUGUUUGGAUUCCAUCCUGAGGCAGAUAUGCAUUGGUCUGAGGCAGAAGGUCCUGAGCCUUUGGUGGGAGCUGCCGGGGUUGGGAAGAACACUUGGUUCAAUGGAGUCAUCCACUACGCGCGCGUCUACACUGGAGAGCACAGUUGGUUGGACAGUGGGGGUCACCGUCGCUUGAGCGAGAAGCAGAUGCCCACCUCAGUCCGCCCAGUGGUGCCAGCAGCCUUGCAGUGGCCAGCUGGCUUGGAGCCAGAGCUCUUGGCCUGUGGGUCAGAAGGGAUGGUGGCAAUGGCUCGAGGUGGAAUGGGCGCCUAUCUUCCUCCAUCCACUGAAGGUGGCUUCGGCACCGUGAUGCCUUUCACACUUGAAGGCUUGAUGAAGAUGGGCUUGGCACAAAGCCUCAGUUGGGGAGAUGAAGGGCUGUUGGCUCACACAAGCUCUGGAGCUGUGGUUUCCUGCCCAAUGACUGCCGCAGGUGGCACCUUCCAUUGCUCUUCCGUGGAUCUUCCCCCGCUUCCAACCUAUGGGAAGCAGAUGGCCGUGGUCUUGGCCGCCACCAAGGAACAUCCUUUCCGCGCUGCGGUGGUUGCAGAGGGCAAGGUGAGAAUGCACGCACUGAAGCCUUUGGGUCUCGAACGUGACUGGCACGUCAUGGCGGAGCUCGACCUCCCGCUCCAGUCCGAGGUGACCUCGUUGACAGGUGAUCAUCAGAAGAUUGUGGUGUCCAUGCAGGACGGCUCCAUCCUCCUUUGGUCCUUCACCAGCCAUGGCCCAUCCUCAGUGCUUCAUGAAGCCCCAGCUGCUGGACCUCGUCGGACCUGGAACUCGGCGUGCGCCGGGUUCCAGGGCCGCAUCAUGCGCUUGGCGUCCAAGUGGCGGAAACACCCAGCUGGGCACACCGAAUGGACACCUGAACUGCUCUUUUAAUGGGGUGUUCCAGCUCCCAGGAAUCGGGCAACCACUUGAGUUGUGGAAGUUUGACAGGUUGAAGUGGUUUUUUUUGUCGAAGUAUUUCUCGGUUGCGCGAGUCUUAAUUUGAACCAAGACUUUUGGAGCAGCCCCGAGCGGACUCCUUAUCACUCGAGAAUGUAGAGUGACAGCUUUAUGGGAUGCAAGAUGGCCUCCUUCACUGAAGGUGGCGGAGGUCAGAUUGUUGUGGUGGGUGGCUUUCUCCGAAGCCUAUGCUUCAUUUCUUUUACUUGACCCACUGCAUUUCUCCCUAAGACCGGUGUAACGUGCCCAAGGCUGCAAUCUUGC